AUGUCGUUGUACGGGACCUCAGAUGCCUUGAUGAGCAGGGCAUUCCCCACCACAUUGAGAGGGCCGGCCCUCGCGUGGUAUGGAGGCUUGAAGACUACGACGAUCUCCUCAUUCGACCAGCUUGCCAAGGACUUCGAGCUCCACUUCAUAGCUUGCGCACGCCCGAAGCCUUCCAUGGCGUUCCUCCUCGGGCUUAGCCAGAAGGAGGAUGAGCCCCUCUCCCUUUACGUAAAUCGCUUUGCUACAAGGAUCCGGGAACUCCUGGACGCUCACCCUUCACUGUCAAUGCAGGCAUUCGUGACAGGCCUGCGUCCCUCCCGACUCUUCUGGUCUCUCGUGGAGCGACCUCCUACUUCGGUCCCCGAAAUGCUCCAGCGCGCGAACCAGUUCGUGGAAGUCGAAGCCUGGACGGGGGGGAAACGGCAGGAACACAAGAGGGAAAGACCAGAACCGGCUCAGGGACAGCUCCCUCCCAGACGGAAGCUCCACCAACCCGAUCCUCCCCUGCUAAGACCCCUCCCGCUCCCAACGGGUGCAUCCCGGACAGAAAUCUUUCUCCAGAUCAGGGAAAGGGGACUGCUCAAAACACCUUACCCGAUGAACAACCCGCGAGAGCUGGCCGACCGGUCCAAAUACUGCCGCUUUCACCGGCAAAACGGACAUGACACUGAGGAAUGCCGCGAGCUCUCGCGCCAAAUCUACGAACUCCGCCGGGAGGGACGCCUCGACCCGCACGUUCAGACAGGCAACCUCGCCCCGCCUUGCCCGGACGGCCCGUCCGAGCGUCUAAUCAGCGUCAUCACUGGCGGCCCAGCAUCCGGGGGGGAUAGCAUGUCUGGAAGGAAGGCCUACGCCCGCUCGGCCAGAGACGAAGGCCCCCAUGGAACCCCUGACCCGCUGGUCGCAUUUCCCCCCGAAGACGCCGAACGACUGGAGCACGAUGACGCGCUGGUAAUAACUGCCAGAAUCGCCAAUGCCCAGGUAAGAAGGAUUAUGAUUGACACAGGAAGCUCCGCGGAUAUACUAUUCCACGACGCCUUCCAGAAGAUGGGGCUUACGAAGCAAGCCUUGAAACCUGUCCGCUCCGACCUCACCGGGUUCACUGGCAACUCGGUUUCGCCAUUGGGAUCUGUCACACUACCUCUGACGUUGGGGACACCGCCCAAGACUAAAACAGUGAUGUCGACUUUUCUGAUAGUAGAUCUGCCUACGGCGUACAAUGCCAUCCUCGGCCGACCCUCCCUCAACAAAAGCAGGGCCCUGGUUUCCACUUACCAUCAGACAGUAAAAUUCCCGACUCACGCGGGAACUGGGGAGGUUUGGGGAAGCCCUCGGGAAUCCAGGCGAUGUUACCUGACGGCGGUCUCCCUACACAAGAGGGCGAAAAUCGAAGCACUCCCGGACGACCCCAGAGAAAUGAAACGGCCAAAUCCACAUCCCGAGCCGUCGGCCCCAACCUACGACGUGUCGCUGAAAAAGGGACGCCCGGACCGAACCAUUAAAGUCGGGUCUGACCUACCCCCGGACGAGCGGGAAAAACUUGUCGGCCUCUUGCAAGAGAACGCUGACGUCUUCGCUUGGUCGCCAUCCGACGCAGCAGGCGUGGACCCGAAGGCAACCCAACAUCACCUCAACAUAUCGCCUGAUGCCCGGCCGUUAAAACAAAAGCCGCGACCCCAGGCCCCGGACAGGCAGGAAGCUGUCCGCGAAGAGAUAGAACGGCUCUUAGCAGCCGGCUUUAUAGAAGAGGUCAAGUACCCACAGUGGCUGUCCAAUGUAGUUCUGGUAAAAAAGCAUAAUGGGAGCUGGCGAAUGUGUGUUGACUACACCAGUCUUAAUCGGGCGUGCCCCAAAGACUGCUACCCCCUUCCAAGGAUUGAUUAG